AUGGUUCAUGGGGGAUGGGAGAGUUGGAAGAAGUCUGUGAGUCCUCGCAGAAGACGAAGCAGCGAGGAAGGCGGAGCGCAAGAAGGAAGAGACUCCGAAGGCACAGAUGCCCGGACAGGGCGCCCCACGCGCCCCUCCGCCUCCCAGAGUCCAACAGACAGGCGGAACGCCGGCGAAAAGGAGAGGAAACAGCGGCAGACAGGCAACAGCCCGACGAAGGACAGGAGGGAAGGGAAACGACGAGAGAGUUCAGGGAACGCGACACCCCAGGCGGCGUCCCAGCCGCCGUCGACGCCCGACGGAGGCCGGAGAAGAUCGGAGCGUCUCUUGGCAUUAGUGGCCUUGAAGAAAAACCAAACCUCACUGGUCCCUCCACCGACGGUGCAAGGAAACAGCCCCGCUGGCACUCAGUCUCCCGCCUCUGCCUCUUCUGUCUCUUCUUGUGCCUCUUCUAUCGCUCUCCCUUCUUCUGUCUCUUCUUCUGCCUCUUCUAUCGCUCUCCCUUCUUCUGUCUCUUCUUCUGCUGCCUCCGCACCAUCCGGUGGCCCUCGUCCGCUCUCUUCGUCGGUCUGUUCUUCCAGUCUGCCUGCAUCUUCUCUCCGUGUGUCGUCUCCUCUCUCUUCCUCUGCGCCUGUCGCGUCGGAGGCGCCGCUUCCAUCUCCGGCUCCUCCAACUGCUGUCUCUGCUGUCUCUUUGCCUGCGGGCGGGGCUUCAUCGGCGCCUCGUCCUUCCUCGAAGAGCGCUCCCCUCGGCCCUUCUGGCGGACUGUCUCGUGUGCCUUCCGACAACUCCCCGACUCUGCCGGCGCCGCGGACCGGAAGUUCCUCCGCCGUCGCUCGCGUGUCCCAGGUGGUUUCCCAGCAGGCGUUGACUGUCCAGGAGGCGAAAAAUGCGUUCUCUCGGCCGUCGUCCGGAGCGUCAGCGACUCCUCCGGCGACGGUUCUCUCUCAGACCAAACUGAAGGUUAUCAGCUACUUAGUGUCAGCCGGUGGCCUGGCGUCAUCUGCGUCUUUCACGUCUGCGUUCGCGCAGUCCGAUCGCGACUUUCGAAGAGCCACCAGAUGUUGGCCGCAGGUGGAUGAGUCGCUGCUAAUUCACCUGCAAGACGAAGACAAAGACAACCCUCCGAGAAGUCGCUCCGCGUCCCCGCGUUCUUCGGACCCUCCGCCUCACGACCGCGGAGAGAAGGCCUCCCGAGCUGUACAGCAGACGGACGCCGAGAGAUCCGCCCCAAGCCUGAACGGUCUGCUGCGAGAGGGAGAAGCGCGGACGGCAACCGCACAAGGAAAUGAGGAAGCACGCGUAGGGGCGUCGCUGGAUGCGAAGUCUCACGGCCCCCCGCGGACGGCAUCCAGGCCUCCUCGCGCUGGGGCCGCCUUCUCCGCUCCCGUCGACUCGCCCAAGUCCCUCGCUGGCUCGCCGCCUCCAGGGAGUUCCGCGCAAAGGCGAAACACGCGGGAGGCCGAGGGCGAGGGGAGGAUCGAAGGGCCGGAGAAGAGCGCCGCGCCGCGCGAUAUCUCUCACAGCAGCAGUAGCAAGGCCAGCACUCACUCGCGCGGCGAAGUCCCCGACAGACCUGCGGGUGAGUCUCGAGGGAAAGCGGUAGCGCGCGACCAGGAGGGGGGAGGUGCCGAACCUCCGCAGGUUGACACGAACAGACAUUCCGUCGGCGCGAGUCCAUCGGCGCAGGGCGCUUCCCAGGGUUCACCUGUUAGGUUUACAGCCUCGACUGCGGCAGGCGCAGUGCCGGGACGCGGCCAAGAGACAACCCAGAGCCUGCCGUCCACGACAGGUUCUGCGAGUCAAGACUGCACACCCCCCGAAGAGCCUCGCGCGCUCGCUGGGCUCGCUCCGGCGGAGGCCAGCCCGUCGGGGACACAUCAGCGCCUCGAGCCGCGGAGCGCGGGCGCCGGCGCUCCGCAGAAGCCCGAGCGCGAGACAGGUCGGAGUGCUUCUGCUCCCACCUCGCACGCUCAGGUGAUCACACGUGUCCUCUGGGAGCGGCCAGGACUCACGGGCGUCUCAGAGGCUCAUCCGGCUGGCGGCGCUGGUGGGACAGCGUCUGCUGUCUCGUGUCCAGCGACGGGCGGUGCGCGUCCUGCGUCGCCAGCGAGUCGUCGCACGCUGGCGCCUCCGCCCUCUGGAGCGCUCACGGCGAAACGCGGCGCGGGACUCGCGCCUUCCAAAGUGUCUCCUGCAGUUUCUCCCUCUUCGCCCGCGCUUUCUGGGGCUUCCGGACCCGCCGAAGAGCUGCUGCGGCUGCUGCAUGCAUGCGAGCAGGAGGUGGCGAAGGCGCGGGUUCACGAAGCCCGUCUGCGCUCGCAACACGCUGCGGCGUUGAUGCGAAGCAAAAUGCUGUUUCUGGAGUUUCAGCGGAGUCAAAGUGAGGUGCACAGUUACCACCAGGAACGGCUGGCUGCGGCGCGCCGCCUGGCAGUUGCGGAAAACCAGGCGGCGCUGGCGGCUCAGAACCUCGAGGCCGCGAUGACCUCAGCAGACACCCACGCUCCCGCGCAUGCAGGGACCGGCCAGGCUCGGACUGCGGCUCGGCCUAUGGCGCCUCCGGCGCAGUCAAAGGCCGGAGAGACAGGAGCCCGAGAAGCCGGUGCGGGCGGUGCGCGGGGGGUGUUGCCUCGCAGAGAGGGAGACGCGGAAGAGGGCGAUUCGAGGAAGAGGGGGAGUAGAGGAGAAGACCAAGGCACAGCUGGAGGGGGUUCGCUCUCGCCAUUCCCGGCGGAUGCGGCGGUGCGGGCCGAGUCAGGCAGCGGAAGAGAGAACUCGAGGGGGAUGGCUUCGUCGGGGGUGUUGAGCGGCAACGUGUCCACUAGCGCGAGCGAUCCGAGCAAGAGGAAGGGCGCGGAGCGGGAUGCGUCGCCGCAGCAGACGGGAAGGAAACGGGCGGCGAGUCGUGAGAGCGAGGUCGAGAGCUCAGCGGGCGAUGCGGCAGACGACGAAGGCGCGCAGACGCGAAGGAAAAAGGGGAAGACUAAGGACAGCGAGAGUCGCCAGAGAGAGCGCAGAUACUUCGAAACUUGCCUAGAUCAAGAAGACGCGGGAGACACCGCGGGGACAAGGGAGGAGACGGAGACAGGAGAUGGACAGACCGGCCAGCCAGAGGAGAGAGGCGCCGAGGGGGAAGGCAACCUAGACCAGGUGAAGACCGUGGGAGAGGACGUGCGCCGAGACGGCAACCAAAGGGACUUCGCAGGUUCGCGCGAAGACGUCCUCCUCGUGUUCUUCGAUGGAGACGGACAGGUGCGAGACCGCGAUUCUCCCAAGUCCUUCGAGGAAGCGGAAGCAGUUUCUGCGAGCUCGGCAGGGAAAGGCGCUGGCGGCGCGCCGCAGGCGAAAGCACGCACGGCUAAGCAGAGCCCCGGGUCUCCUUGCGCAGCAGUGACGAGCGGCUCGGCAAGGCGCCAGCGGGCAUCGGAAGGAAGCGAGACGUGUGGCAAGCGCGCUGUGCUCUCUGCGGGCGCUUCCCUGGGGAAGGCGGGAGAAGCCGCCCGGCGCGCAGGAGACGCGGCGCGAGACGGACGAGACGCGGAGCGAGACCAACGAGGAAGGAGCUCGGCAGGUGGGUCGUGUUGCAGUUUGCCAGCAGGGGAACCACUGGCGAGAGAAGGCUCGGAGGUGGGGACAGUGACGAGAGGCUCUCAGGGCUCUGUGUGGUUUCUGGAGGCCGUGUCACUUGUGUGCGUUGUGUCUCCUUUAGGGACGGAGAGCAGGCCUUCGCCCACGAACGCCCAUAUCUACGUCUCUGUCCUGAAGGACUUGGGUUGCCGUGUGUCCUUGGAGGCUGGAUGCGAGGCCCGCGGAGAAAGUCGCGACGAGCAGCGGAAGGAGUCCAGCGGUUCGGCGGAGGAAGCGAAAGAGAGGGCGAGUCGCGAGAGAACUGCGUCGAGCGCUGGCGUCGUUGUGGCGUCGGCUAGGGAUAGAAAAGAAGAAAAAGAGAGGCAGGUUAGACACCGAUGGGCAGAGAAGAAGAAAGAGAGAGAGGCAGCAAACAGGCAGAGCGCGACGAGCCUCGUGGACAAAUUCCACGGAGACAACUGUUUGCGACCGAUUUGCUACUACGCCCUCAACGGCGCCUGUCUGGAUCCGAAUUGUCCAAACAUCCACUUGAGUUGA